AUGAAGGUGCUGCAGCUCAAGUGCAACCAGGAACCAGUCCAAUUUAUUGCAGCAUUUGUACACUCUAGCAGCCAGUACUCAUCCCCUUUCCAUCUCUAUCAGCCAGUACUGAUCCCCUUCCCAGCUCUAUCAGCCAGUACUCACACCCUUCCCAGCUCUAUCAGCCAGUACUCAUCCCCUUUCCAUCUCUAUCAGCCAGUACUGAUCCCCUUCCCAGCUCUAUCAGCCAGUACUCACACCCUUCCCAUCUCUAUCAGCCAGUACUCAUCCCCUUCCCAGCUCUAUCAGCCAGUACUCACACCCUUCCCAGCUCUAUCAGCCAAUACUCAUCCCCUUGCCAGCUCUAUCAGCCAGUACUCACACCCUUCCCAGCUCUAUCAGCCAGUACUCAUCCCCUUUCCAUCUCUAUCAGCCAGUACUGAUCCCCUUCCCAGCUCUAUCAGCCAGUACUCACACCCUUCCCAGCUCUAUCAGCCAGUACUCAUCCCCUUUCCAUCUCUAUCAGCCAGUACUGAUCCCCUUCCCAGCUCUAUCAGCCAGUACUCACACCCUUCCCAGCUCUAUCAGCCAGUACUCAUCCCCUUUCCAUCUCUAUCAGCCAGUACUGAUCCCCUUCCCAGCUCUAUCAGCCAGUACUCACACCCUUCCCAGCUCUAUCAGCCACUCUAUCAGCCAGUACUCACACCCUUCCCAGCUCUAUCAGCCAGUACUCACACCCUUCCCAGCUCUAUCAGCCAGUACUCAUCCCCUUUCCAUCUCUAUCAGCCAGUACUGAUCCCCUUCCCAGCUCUAUCAGCCAGUACUCACACCCUUCCCAGCUCUAUCAGCCAGUACUCACACCCUUCCCAGCUCUAUCAGCCACUCUAUCAGCCAGUACUCACCCCCUUCCCAGCUCUAUCAGCCAGUACUCACACCCUUCCCAGCUCUAUCAGCCAGUACUCAUCCCCUUUCCAUCUCUAUCAGCCAGUACUGAUCCCCUUCCCAGCUCUAUCAGCCAGUACUCACACCCUUCCCAGCUCUAUCAGCCAGUACUCAUCCCCUUUCCAUCUCUAUCAGCCAGUACUGAUCCCCUUCCCAGCUCUAUCAGCCAGUACUCACACCCUUCCCAGCUCUAUCAGCCAGUACUCACACCCUUCCCAGCUCUAUCAGCCAGUACUCACACCCUUCCAGCUCUAUCAGCCAGUACUGAUCCCCUUCCCAGCUCUAUCAGCCAGUACUCACACCCUUCCCAGCUCUAGCAGCCAGUACUCACACCCUUCCCAGCUCUAUCAGCCAGUACUCACACCCUUCCCAGCUCUAUCAGCCAGUACUGAUCCCCUUCCAGCUCUAUCAGCCAGUACUCACACCCUUCCCAGAUCUAUCAGCCACUCUAUCAGCCAGUACUCAUCCCCUUCCCAGAUCUAUCAGCCAGUACUGAUCCCCUUCCAGCUCUAUCAGCCAGUACUCACACCCUUCCCAGAUCUAUCAGCCAGUACUGAUCCCCUUCCCAGCUCUAUCAGCCAGUACUGA